AUCUGUCUCGAGCCACAUUGUAUUCUGUCUGCUGCAAGCAUUCUCCAGGACGUGAAUCCCGACUUGGAUCCGUGCGAUGAUUUUUAUGCCUACACAUGCAGUAAUUGGAUCGACAAUCAUGUUUUGCCGGACGCCAAGUCCAAAGUGAGCGUUGAGAGUUUGGCAAAAGAUCGUAUCAAGCAACGCCUGAACCAGAUCCUUAGUCACAGCAAUCCCCUUGAAAAAUCUCUCUCAUCUUCGAGCUCUUUACCUAGACCAGAUCGUAUUGUGGACAGUCAGAUAUUCACCAAACUGACAGACUUUUAUGGGGCUUGCAUGGACGAAGAUACAUUGGACAAGCGGGGAAUAAAACCUCUCUAUGAUCAAUUUCGACACAUUCAAGGACUCCUUCCAGCCAGCUACCUCAAGCAGGCCACACUGGAUCCCCCUUUCGUUCAAAGCUUAACUGAAGCAAUGAGUCAUCUCGGAAAACAGCAUAUUUGGGCCCUAUUUGAGAUACGGGUAGUCCCAGAUCCACACAACCCUGCCAAAACUGCCCUUUCACUCUGGCAGGGUGAAGUUGGCCUUCCUUCGCGGGAUUAUUACGAUGACCCAGAUGUAUUUUCUACCUACACAAAGGUCGUAACUGAGCUUUUGGAGCUUGUCUUUCAAAAAGACACUACCGGAGAAUUUGGCUGGAAAUCAUGGAGUCCAGUUGCGACGGCAAGACGUAUUCUUGAAUUCGAAAAGAAGCUAGCACAAGCCAAAUACCAUGAUGACACCAUCGCUGUUGGCACAAACAGGGACGGCCUUAAUAAUGGUAUCAUUUAUGAACGCUGGUCACUUGAAAAGCUCCACGCUACUGCUCCCAAUGUUAACUGGACGCUUUAUGUUGAAUCAAUGCUACCAAGAGGCGUACCUAUGCCUGAUGAUGUGCUUGUACCACUACCACGAUUUAUCACCAGUUUGUCAGAAGAUGUUCUGGGCAGCACAAAUUCGCGUACACUCCAAACUUAUUUGGUUUGGCGCACAUUAUGGAAAUAUCUAGAUACCCUUGGAGAAGAGUUUCUUGCUCCCCGGCGCAAACUAGAAGCCAAACUUAAUGGCGUAGAAGCAAGAGCCAAGCCAGAGCGAUGGGAGACCUGUCUAUCUCAUGUGGACAGUUCGAUUGGCUUUCUAAUGGGUCGCUAUUUUGUGCUCAGCAGUCUGGAUAGUACCUCAAAAACAGAAGCUGAAGGCUUGGCUUCUACUAUUGUCACUGCAUUUGUGGACAGUCUUCAGGGUCUCUCUUGGGUAGAUGACAAGACUCGCAAGGAAAUGAUUUCAAAGGUCCAAUCGAUGAAUUAUCAACUUGGUUAUCCAAGCUCUUUUCCUGACACCCAGUCAGCGAUUUCUCUUGCUGAAUUCUAUAGCUCUGUAAAUGUAAAAAAAGAUGACUUUUUUGGAAACGUUCAAAGUGCAAAUGAAUGGGCAGUGAAGCGGCAGUGGGCUCAACUUGGUAAACCAGUUCACAAUGGUGUUUGGGAUGUGAACCCGCAGGAUGUUGAUGCUACUUACAGUCGCAAAAAGAACAAGGCUAUUGUUCCCGCCGGGAUGUUGCAACCUCCAUUCUAUGACUCCCAGGGUCCAGACUAUCUAAACUAUGGAUCAUUGGGCUGGGUCAUUGGCCAAACAAUGCUCCAUGGGUUUGAUCUGACGGGUCGUCAAUACAACAAGGAAGGAGCAUUGGGUCAAUGGUGGUCCAAUCAUUCCAUGUCUGAGUUCAACAACAGGACACGUUGUUUUGUACAACAGUAUUCAAAUUUUACUCUCAAGGGACCACAAGAGGAUAUUCAUCAGGUGGAUGGUGAACGGACACUUGAUAGCAAUCUUGCUGACAACGGUGGUCUGGCAGAGGCAUAUUCAGCAUGGAAUACCCGUUUUUCUCAAGGGCGCAACAAUGCACACUUACCCGGACUAGUCAACUGGAGUGUUGAGCAGCUGUUUUUUAUCAACUUCUCGAGAAUGAAGUGUAGCAAGAGUACACCCGAAAGCGAUGUUCGAGAGCUGCGUACAAGCGAAUCUGCACCUGAUCGAUGGAGAGUUAAUGGCCCAUUAAUCAAUUCACGCGAAUUUUCAAAAGCAUUCCAAUGUGCAGUCGGAACCCCCAUGAAUCCCCAUGCAAAAUGUGAUAUGUGGUAG